AUGGUAUCAACACUGAUUCAAACAUCAGGUAUUUCCACUCCUGUUAUACCUGCUACAACUAACGGAGGCUCAAUGACUAUUGUUUUCAUUGCAGUUGGAGCCAUUGUAUCAUUACUACUCAUAGUCAUAAUAAUUGUAAUUAUCAUUGUAGUGGUAUUAAAGAAGGAAAGAUUUAAAAAGGAUUAUGAUAUAGUCAGUUCAAAAAAUAAACCAGUAACUGCUGAACAAAACUUAACACCUUACAUAGAAAGAAUUCAAGAGGCAACCUACAGUACAGUAAUGGAGCCUAUACCACCAGUGAUAGAAGAAUUCCCUAAUGAUGUGACAAGUGAGGAAGGUUGUCAAGUUCAUUUCAAAGUCAAAUUCAAGGGAACUCCUACCCCAUUUUUUAAUUGGUAUCAUAAUGGAGAACCAGUGACUGAUGAUUAUGCUCAUGAGCUGAGAGGAGAUGGUAGUCUACUGCUAGUGAGUGUUGAGGAGAAACAUAAAGGAACAUAUCGUUUUGUUGCUAAUAAUGAAGCUGGAACAGUUAGUCAACAAGUUGUACUCACAGUUGCAGUAGAAGAGGCCAGGAUUCCAAGUAAUGACACCUCAACUGCUAAAGGUGGUAAAAACUUAGUACCUGUUGGACAAUUUGGAGAAUUUGUUGCUAAUGGACAUGCUAAAGGAAAUGAGGGAUUUAGAAAUCAAUUUAUGAUGUUAGACAGUGGUGAAAGUGACCACACAGCGACAGUUGGUCUUACUCCAAGCAAUAAACUGUUAAAUCGUUUUGCAAACAUUGUAGUCUAUGAUGACAAUCGUAUUAUACUAAGACCAAUAUCAGGCCAUAAGGAUUGUCCAAAUGGAUACAUUAAUGCAUGCUAUGUUGAUGGAUAUUCUGAUGAAUAUCAAUACAUUGCAACACAAGGGCCAGUAUCAAAAACAGUUGUUGAUUUUUGGUGUCUAGUUUGGCAGGAGAGGCCACCUGUUAUUGUAAUGGUUACUAAUGUGAAGGAGGAAGGAAAAGUGAAGUGUCAGCAGUAUUGGCCUGAUUCAGAUACAAAGGAUUAUGGACCAUUCAGUGUAACAUUAAGUGAUGAGCAAGUACUAACAGAAUACAUCAUUAGAAAAAUACACUUGACAUUAUUGGGUUCAGAUCAACCUCCAUUGAUGAUCACACAAUAUCAUUUCACAUCAUGGCCUGAUCAUGGAGUACCUGAAUAUGCAACAUCAAUACUUCAGUUUCACCGUAGAAUUAAGAAUGAAUACAAACCUACCAAAGGACCAAUGCUAGUACACUGCAGUGCUGGUGUAGGUAGGACUGGUACAUUCAUGGCU